GUAGAAUACAAUAUUUAACCUAGCGGAGCGAGAUAUCACCGAGUACACUCAGCACCUGCUUUGAAAGUGAACAUUCGCUUAAAGGCUAAGCGAUGCUACUCUUUGAUAGAGUCUGUUGCAUUUCCAAAUGGUUCCAGAGGCGACCGUGUAUUAUUUGCUCGAAGCGGUGUAGGCGAGAUGUUUUACAUUUCUGCCAACACAGCUAUUGCAAGGAUUGUACAGUAAGGUGGAUUGAAAUGGUGAUAGCAGGUGACAUCCGAGAGAUCUCAUGUUGUGGAAAAGUACUGGACUCAAGUAUGCUACGCAAUUUUGUUCCGUCGAAGAUUGCUGCACAAUACAAGAGAGCUGUUAAACUGAGAAAGCUUGGUGGGAUAGUAUGCCCCCAAUGUUUGCAGAAGCCAAUUUCUGAGUGCGUCGAACCGACGACGGAUUCGCAAUUUCCAAGUCCUGAGAAUAAGCUCAAUUGUAGGCUGUGUGCAAAAUCAUUCGUACUCCCGGCAGCAGAAUUAGAUGAUUUCCUUGCCUUGGAAAUAGCUGCGGUAAUUCACGGUUGGAAACGGUGUCCAGGUUGCACUACAUUGAUUGAGAAAAUCGAGGGCUGUAAUCACAUGAGCUGCAUUUGCGGCAUCUCAUGGUGUUACGCUUGUGGAGAUAUGUAUGGCGAAGUCGACCAUGAUACCUGCUAUAAUCUCUGAGAGUGGCAAGCGGGAAUAAUCGAUACCAUUUGGACUACACAUUAAAUAUAAUCGUAAAGUGUGUACUUUUUCUAAAUAUAAAACAUAAACUGAAGUGAGCAUGCCAUGAUUUCACACGAUACCCUUGAGAACUGAUGCCAUACAACCACGCCUUAUACGGCGGCACAUGUUCACGGG